AGUAGAGGCCGCUCCUAAGUCCUUAGCUUCUUCCAUUUGCAAUUCAUCAUCUAUCUUCUUCUCCAUUUUCUUCUUCUUGUUGUUUUGCCCCAGCCUACACAAACCUAACUAAUCAAGAAUUGAUGGAUGAACUAAUUGUGACCUCGUCUUCAUCGUCCUCCAUAACUGCGUCUCUUUCUCAACCCAAUCACUCAACCCUUCAACAGAGGCUUCAAUUCAUCCUCAAAACCCAGACCGACAGCUGGGCUUACGCUAUUUUCUGGCAGACCUCAAAUGACGACGAUGGCCGCCUCUUCUUGGCCUGGGGGGACGGCUUUUUCCAGGGGACAAAAGCCGGCAGAGGCGGCGGCGUCCCCGUCGUCGUACAAACCUCUCACUCUACCCAGCAGUCGGAGAGGAAGAAAGUGAUCAGUGGAAUCCAAGCCCUGAUCGGCAGCACCCAGAACUCGGAGAACGGCGACCUCAUCACCGAUGCGGAGUGGUUCUACGUGAUGUCCCUCGCGCGGUCUUUCUCCGCCGGCGAUGGGGUUCCGGGAAAGGCAUUUAGUAUGGGUUCUUUGGUUUGGUUGAGUGGGGCCCAUCGCCUCCAGAUGUAUAACUGUGAGAGGGCUAAAGAGGCUCAGAUCCACGGUAUUCAGACGCUGGUCUGCAUCCCAACCGGCGCCGGAGUUGUUGAACUGGGCUCCCUCGAGAUCAUUAAAGAAAACUGGAGCUUAGUCCAACAGGUCAAGUCUUUGUUCCAGUUCCCUGAAGAAAGAACCAUUUCGUUCGCCGAUAUUGGCCUCGUUAGCGGCCAUGAACUGCUGCAACAAGGACGAUCCGCCGGAGCUGACGAUCUCAAAGUGCUGCAAAGCCGCGCCGCCGGAGAUGCUGAGAAGCAAGCGCAAGAAGCAUCCGCCGCCGCCGCCGCCGCGAAGAACUCCUACCCGGAAUCUGAGCACUCCGACUCCGACUGCCAGUUUCUGAAGGAGCCUCCAAUCGUAGACAGACAACAAAACGCGCCGAAGAAGCGUGGGAGAAAACCCGGCGCCGGGCGAGUCACUCCGGUGAACCACGUGGAGGCGGAGCGGCAGCGGAGGGAGAAGCUGAACCACCGGUUCUACGCGCUCCGGUCGGUGGUCCCCAACGUCUCAAGGAUGGACAAAGCCUCGUUAUUAUCGGACGCAGUGUCGUACAUAAACGAGCUUAAAGGCAAAGUGGAGGAGCUGGAGUGUCAGCUCCAGCUGAGAGAAUCGAAGAAAGUGAAAGUGGAGGCGGUGGGCGACAACCAGAGCACGUCGUCGGCGGCGUCCUCCGUCGCGUCGCCGGUGGACGUGGAGGUGAAGAUAGUGGGUCCCGAUGCGAUGAUAAGAGUACAAUCGGAAAAUGCAAACUACCCGAGCGCAAAGCUGAUGAAUGGGCUCAGAGAACUGGAGCUUGCAGUUCACCAUGCCAGCAUAUCUAGCGUCAACGACAUCAUGCUUCAGGACAUCGUGGUUAAGGUUCCGGAAGGAUUAAGAUCUGAAGAUGGAUUAAGAGCUGCUCUUCUUAGAAGAUUAGAUCAGCUUUAAUUAAUUAAUUAAUUACCACUCAUAAACAUCACAUGUAUCGUGUAUGUAUAUAUUCCAUGCUACUUCUUCCUAAUAAUAAAUAAUUGUGUGUUUCCUCGUUUGCA